GGUUUGGAGGUUUAGGUAGGGCUACACAGGGCAGGUCCUAGUGAAACUGGAUGCCUGAAAGGGAUUUGGCAAGUCUACAGAAGCUUUGAACACAGUGGGAGACACAGUACCCUGUGUUGGAGUCUGGAGGUAGAUUUUCCAGUUUCUCAGCACUGCUUAUGCCCCCUAGAGGCAGUCCAGGGUGCUGGGGCACAUGCCCAUCAUGUGGCCACCCUCAGGGGGAGGGGCUCUGGGAACGAGUUAAAAGAUUCAGAGAAAGGCCCUAUUCUUCCCUGGACCUCAGCUUACUCUUGCUUGGGGAGGCAGGGGACCAAGAAGUUGGGAGGUGCCAAGUUUAGAAAUGUCUCUAUCUGAGCCACUUCCUGGGAAGAGUCAGGGAGAGCAGCAGAAAGCUAGGCUGUUUCACACUGGUAGUGAGACUCUGUGAGCAGAGCUCAGGGCUUUAGCCAAGAAGCAUCUCGACUCUGCCUGUGCCAUGCCUAGGCUGAUCUGUUCAGCCAGAAAGAGGGCAAGUGUGAAGGAAGAUCGGAGAGUGUCCAGAUGGAAAGAAGCAGGUGUGAGGGCCGUCAGAGACUCAUGAUGACACCAUGAGCUGAGUAGGACACAGGAAGGCUGAUACCAGCUGGAGCUGAAGCCUCCACUGACUGCUUCCUACUUCCUGGACAAGACUAUGCCCACUCAGGGGCCCCAGAAGAGGCUUCUGGGUUCUCUCAACUCCACUUCUACAGCCACCCCUCACCUUGGACUGGCCACCAACCAGACAGGGCCUUGGUGCUUGCAGGUACCUAUCCCGGACGGCCUCUUCCUCAGCCUGGGGCUGGUGAGUCUGGUGGAGAAUGUGCUGGUUGUGAUAGCCAUCACCAAAAACCGCAACCUGCACUCGCCCAUGUAUUGCUUCAUCUGUUGUCUAGCCCUGUCUGACCUGAUGGUGAGUAUAAGCAUCGUUCUGGAGACUACUAUCAUCUUGCUGCUGGAGGCAGGGGCCCUGGUGACCCGGGCUGCUUUGGUGCAACAACUGGACAAUGUCAUUGACGUGCUCAUCUGUGGCUCCAUGGUGUCCAGCCUUUGCUUCCUUGGUGUCAUUGCCAUAGACCGAUACAUCUCCAUCUUCUAUGCACUGCGUUAUCACAGCAUUGUGACAUUGCCCCGGGCACGACGGGCCAUCGUGGGCAUCUGGGUGGCCAGUAUCUUCUUCAGCACCCUCUUUAUCACCUACUACAAUCACACAGCUGUCCUGAUUUGCCUUGUCACAUUCUUUCUAGCCAUGCUGGCACUCAUGGCAAUUCUGUACAUCCACAUGCUCACUCGAGCAUGCCAGCAUGCUCAGGGGAUAGCCCAGCUACAAAAGAGACAGCGCUCCGCCCGCAAAGACUUCUUCUGCCUUAAGGGCGCAGCCACCCUUACUAUCCUCUUGGGAAUUUUCUUCCUGUGCUGGGGCCCCUUCUUCCUGCAUCUCUCACUUAUCGUCCUCUGCCCUCAGCACUCCACCUGCAGCUGCGUCUUUAAGAACUUCAACCUCUUCCUCAUUCUCAUCAUCUUCAGCUCCACCGUUGACCCCCUCAUCUAUGCGUUUCGCAGCCAGGAACUCCGCAUGACACUCAGGGAGAUGCUGCUGUGCUCAUGGUGAGCAGGGAGGUGGCUUUUGGUCUUAUGGCCAGGGUGCUAGGCAGAGGGUGACAAUGAUAUCCAGUGGCCUGUAUCCUGUGAGACCACAGGUAUCAUCCCUUCCUGAUCUCCAUCUGUCCAAGGGUGAACUAGAUGAACUUUAACAUAGAAACAAACUGCCUGGGACCAGGAAAAGGGGUAAAUGUGACUGCAAGGGUCAUCCAGGGUAGCUGUGGGAAAUGGAAGAGGCAGUGGGUGGGGAUUCUAGCUCUGGGCAAGGGUCAGACCACAGGCUCCUAAAGAGACAGUCCCAGCCUCCGCAGAGCUUCACUUCUACCCACUG